AUGGCAGGAGCCGGAUGCUCCCAUCGGAUGACGAGGUUCCCACAGGCUGGACCCGACAAGAAAUUGCGAUCCUUCAUAUGGACAAGAGCGGUUCACGAGAGGGAUCCGCCCGCUUUCAUAAGUCCAUCAGCACACUGCCCCACCACGCGCUACCACCCACCUCCUUUGACUUCAAGAUACGUAUCCCGACGAACGCAUGAAUGGACCAGGGAAAGGCAGACCUUGUCGGCGACAUGGCAGGAGUGCAAAAGGAACGUGACUGUUGCCUUUCCGUCCGUGCUGCCUGUUCUGUUCUACGAAGAUUCUGUUCUGUCUGGAGCCCACGUGAACGAUACAUUGGGGGGGGGAGGGGGGAGGGGGGAGGCAAAGUCUGUCACGCCGCCCAAUGUUCGUUGGUUGGAUGGCGGUGUAUCCGGUCACAAUAGUCCGCUCCUCGUCUUUGUAACCCGCUUCCCUUCCUCCACACCCAUUUGGCUCUUGUCGAGCAUCAGCAUCACCCUCCCCACCGCCCGGCGGGACUCUUCCCACCAUGGCCCUCCUAGCAUCCCUGCCAGCAAAGGAGGGGAGGGGAGGGGAGCGGAGGGAGGGAAAGGAACGGCAUUGGCUCGCAUAACCCUCCGGCCGUCUUCGACUCCAGGUCCUUUGGAUCUGCAACGCCUGCCGUCGCCAGUGACAGAUUAUUAUGUCCCGAACUCGACCCCCAUGUCUGCUGUAUCUGCACGUGCCUCAAUCUGGAAGAAACAAUCAACCGUCUUGACCUCCAUGCCGUCUUGUCUUACAACGUACAUACAUACGACGAGAUGUGCUCAGGCUCAGUUUCGAGCCCAGCUGGUCGCUGACUCUGCUUGGCAUGGGGCCUUCCACCUGUCGACCAUGUCUCCCCGGACACUUGACUAG